AUGGCCAAAGAGAUGGCACGGCUGAGAGGAGGAGUAGAGGAAGGUGUGGUGGCUUCAAUAAGGAUGGCCCCCAUGUUUGACACAGAUAUUGAAUGGUUAGGGAGUGGCAUUAGAAGGUGCAGCCUUGCUCAAAGUCACCCAGGUGGUACUGAUUUGGAAGGCAAGGGGUCAUGGAGAGCAGCUAAGUUUCGGCUCUGUGAGAGGUCAGGAGAGGCCAUCAGAGAAGGUGCAACCUCAGUAGCAGUUAAAGACCCAAGAUGGAAGGGGCCUUGCAGGGAAGCUGAGGCCUGGCACCGUGAAGAGAGCUCAGGAGAGGGUAUUGGUGAAAGCACAGCCCAGGCAGCCUUUCGCAUGGGCACUGAGUGGGAUGGGACCGGAGAAGCUCACGGUCCUGCUGGCUCUCAGUUGACAGCCUGCCAUACUUUGAGAACUCAGCCCCGAACACUACCUGGACCGGCCAUAAGACACCUGCUCCCCGUCACUCUACCCCAAGCAGCAAACCAGAGAGAUGGCCGGGUCAGCACUUCUCAGCCCGCACCUGCCUCCCCAGGACAUUGCACAGCCAUGGUCAGCGUACCCAGCUCCCAGCAACAGCUCUCAACUAACAUGUUUGUAGCCCUGCACGCUUAUUCAGCCCACGGACCUGAGGAGCUGGACCUGCAGAAGGGAGAAGGCAUCAAGGUGUUGGGGAAGUACCAAGAUGGCUGGCUAAGGGGUCUCUCCUUAGUCACGGGACGAGCUGGCAUCUUUCCAAGUGACUACGUCAUCCCCGUUUUCAGUUCAACAGCUAGAAAGACAUCUAGUUUUCCAGAUCCCCGGAGUCCCACUGUCUACACCACAUGGACAUUACCCACCUCCUCUGUGUCCUCCCAGGGUAGCUUUUCAGAAGGUGAUCCCCGGCAAAACCGACCCUUCAAAUCCGUCUUUGUGCCCACUACCAUGGUUAACCCUGCGGGGAGCACAGCCGGCCCAGGGACUCCAGGACAAGGGUCUCUUCGGAAAGGGCGAAGCAGCAUGAGAAAGAAUGGAUCCUUGCAGAGACCAGUGCAGUCAGGGAUCCCCACUUUCGUGGUGGGAUCCCUCAGGCGCAGCCCCACCAUGGUGAUCCGGCCUCAGAAGUUCCAGUUCUAUCAACCGCAGGGAAUGACCUCUUCCCCAGCACCCAUGAUGGUAGAGAUGGGGUCUAAACCCAUUUCUACUGGGGAGCCUGCCCUGACCUGCAGCAGCAGAGGUGGCAAGACCAGGAUCCACUCAGCGACCGGUUCCCUCAUCACGGAAGGCAAAGAGAUACCCAUCAAGAGUGAGCCACCGCCCAAGCCACCUGCAUCCGCCCCACCCUCGAUCUUAGUGAAACCAGAAAAUUCAAAAAACGGCACCGAAAAGCAAGUCAAAACCGUGAGAUUUCAGAAUUACAGCCCUCCUCCCACCAAACAUUACACCUCCCAUCCCACCUCUGGAAAACACGAACAGCCAGCCACCUUGAAGGGGUCCCAGCCUGAAGCAGUCCCCUCAGGAGCUGAGAUGACCGUCCUAUUCGCCCACCGAAGUGGUUGCCACUCAGGACAACAGACAGACCUCCGGAGAAAGUCAGCGUUUGGCAAGACGAUGCCCCCAGUAGCCACUGCUUCAGCCUCACAGAUCGUACUUACCAGCAAAUGAUUCCUCGGGUGGCUCUUUCUUAGACACAAAGAGAGGUGCAUUGCGUGUAAAUACAGUCUGCCUCCACUACAGGCACCCUACUGGUCUUCUAAGGCUUCGUCUCCUCGAACACCCAUUUUAACCUGAAGGACUGGGAAGGCGUGAACUGCUGCCCUGAGUUGGUUGGCCUUCUCUCCCCAUCCACCCUACCAACACCACCCCACCACCCUGAGACAGAGUUUCUCUGUGUAGCCUUGGCUGUCCUGGAACUCACUCCAUAGAUGAGGCUGGCCUCGAACUCACAGAGAUCCACCUGCCUCUGCCUCCCAAGUGCUGGGAUUAAAGGCGUGUGCCACCACCACCCAGCAUGUUUCUAAAUUUAGUGAUUGAUUCAGCCAAACCUACUGGCUUGAGCCUUCCAUGUGCAGGAUUUGGCCUUUCGUCCCGUACGCUCAACGUAAAACAUCUCCGUAUCCUAGGACCACUGCAGUAUGGCAGAGGUGAAAUUGUUCUCAGGGCCUCUUUGACCUCAUUGCCAUCCCACUUUCUCUUCAUCACACAAGAACCGCCUCUGCCAUCUUCUGAGAAACCAUGGAAACUGAAGGGAGUUACUUUCUGAGUUUACUACAAACAAGACCAGAGAGAAAGCUGACUACCAAAGGCCAAAAGAUUAUUAUGCGUUAAGCUUCUUGGCCCAUUUCUUCCCACAUAUUUGUACACAGUAGAUAAACAGGGGGCAUGGAGAGGCAGAUAAGGGACAUGGAUGGCAUUAUAGACUUUUCAUUUUUCCCCUCACAGCAAAAUGCACUUCAAAGCAACCUUGACUGCACAAUGAGUUUAGACCAUAUUCUGCUUGCAUUCCAACAUUUUUGCUCUCCGAGGUUCCUAGACAUUUGAGGCAUUGGGGCAGAUGAUUUAUUUCCCCUAAUAGGACAAAGGCGGAGGGCAAGAAGGGGUGCUUUUUGGGGAGAGCUGCUACCAAAGGAAGUGGACAGAGAAGGCUUGAGAAGAAAAGAGAGACAGAAGGAAUAAAGGAAAAAUCAUGCAGGCGACAGACAGACGAGACGGGGCAGGAAGUGGGA